AUGGUCUGCUACGACAUUGUCGGCAAAAGCAACGACAAGCCACUAUGGCGACCGUUGGCUCACAAAUUCUCUACUCUCGUCCUUAGAAGGCGAUCAAGUAAACGAGAUAGAGUCGAUGCCAACGAGAAAGCCCAAGAAACCCCAGCAAACUUCAAACCACUCGAAGUUCGAUCCAAUGUUCUCGAAGGUCUCCACGUCCCCAAUAGUUGGCUCGUCGAGUCACCCUCGGCCAACUCCCACGACAAGUUGACCCUCCCCGCAAUUAAUCUUUCAGAGUCACAAAAGUCCCCACGAUCGCGUGGGUUUGGCCUCUCCAAAGAUUCAUCACGACCAUUCUCCAUUGGAGAUAUCUCUGGAUUGUUAAAGACGGAAUCAGAUCGCGCGUCGGCGCUGGCAAGCUUGACAGCUGCCGACUCAGUACCUAAGGAAUCUAGCGUCCUAGAUCGUGGACGACCGGUCGAAGCUCGGCAUUUAAUACAUCAGCCUGUCCGAGGCACCAAGACCAACCGCAAGUCACUCCCAUUGGAGUUGAUGUUCACAGCUCCAGUAUACAACGAAGGCCAAACCUCGACUACCCCAAACGACGACUCUGCGACAAAGAUUGACGUCGCCUCUCCUUCGUCCUUCCACGAAUCGUCGCCUUGGGCUGCAGAACACAGGCGACGAUCCACAAUCCGAAUUGUCAGCCGAUCACCUACACGAGCCGAUGAAGCAAAGAUUGAUACGACUUCUACGACCACCACCGAUACUACAGACGAACUUGAACGUAGACCCAGCCAAUCGAUCCCGAGGAAGCCCGUCGCUCCAGCUCCCAGUCCCACAGCAUCAACAACAUCAACAACAUCAGCGCCAGCACCAGCACCAGCACUAGAGCCCACACGCACAUCAUCCAUAAGAAGUAACAACACCGAUGUCCCAUCAUAUUCCACGUCCGUUACGAGACUCAAAGCAAAACAACCAUCCAAGUUGAGCGAUCGUCUCUCAUGGAUCAAGAACCUGGAGGAGAAGAACGUCGACAGACCGAACAAGGAUCUGUCCCAGUUACCUAAGCGUGCUGGCACCGUCUCGGACAAGCUGGCCAUGUUCGAGAAGAAGAACAUGUCCGGUACCGCAAACAAGCAGCACUUGCUUGCACCAACGCGCACAUACUCUAGCAGCCACUCGAGCACAUACUCUAGCAGCUACAACUCAGCCCGUGGCCGAGAGAGCAUCUUUUCCACAGACAGCAACGCGAACGUGUCGUCAACGCGCACCUCAAUCGACACGACGCAUCGUACCUCGUCAGUGAUGAGUUACUACGAUGACACAUUUCGACAGAAGCUUGAGUCGCUAGUUGGACAGGAGCCUGCUGCUGCUGAGGAAGAGACCGAGGAGGCCAAGACUGAAGAAAAGAAAUAA